CCAUGGCAGGGGUUUUGGAACUGAAAAUCCCUUGCAACCCAAACUAUUCCAUGAUUCUUGGAUCCACUGGACAACCAGGAGAGGCUCUUGCCUCUUAUAUCUUUUGCAAACUUCAGCUUGGAGCAUCCCAUGGUUGUUCCAUCCGCGUGGAUGAGAUGAAACCUCUCCAAGGAGGAUCCUGCCUCCUGGAAUUGGUGUGAUUCAGGAACAUCCCACUGUGCCAAGAGCUGUGGACAUUGAUCCUGGAGCAGGAGGCGCUGAGGUCCUGCCAGUGACUCUUCUCCCCCCUUGUCCCUGUUUUGGUGGAGUGUGGAAUGAAAACCCCUGAAGCUGAGCUUGGCCACGGAGGAAAUCGCCACGUUUUAUGCCAAAAUGCUCGACCACGAAUACACGACCAAGGAGAUCUUCCAGAACAAUUUCUUCCACGACUGGAGGAAGGAAAUGACCUCGGAGGAGCAGGAGAUAAUCCAGGAGCUGACCAAGUGUGACUUCAGUGAGAUCCACAAGUACUUUGUGGACAAAAGCGAGGCACGGAAAGCGCUCCCCAAGGAGGAGAAGCGGAAGCUGAAGGAGGAGGCAGACAAGAUCCAGGAGGAAUAUGGCUACUGCAUCCUGGAUGGGCACCGCGAGAAGAUCGGCAACUUCAAAACGGAACCGCCGGGUCUGUUCCGUGGCCGUGGUGACCACCCCAAAAUGGGGAUGCUGAAGAAGAGGAUCAUGCCAGAAGAUGUGGUCAUCAACUGCAGCAGGGAUUCCAAGAUUCCUGAGCCCCCAGAGGGUCACAAGUGGAAGGAGGUUCGCUUUGACAACACGGUGACCUGGUUGGCCUCGUGGACAGAGAACAUCCAGAACACCCUGAAGUACAUCAUGCUGAACCCCAGCUCCAAGCUGAAGGGGGAGAAGGACUGGCAGAAGUACGAGGUCGCUCGGCGCUUGAAGGACGUUGUCCAUGAAAUCCGGGCUCGGUACCGAGCGGAUUGGAAAUCCAAGGAGAUGAAGAACAGGCAAAGAGCAGUGGCCCUCUACUUCAUUGAUAAGCUGGCCCUGAGAGCCGGGAACGAGAAGGAGGAAGGGGAGACGGCGGACACGGUCGGCUGCUGCUCCCUGCGCGUGGAGCACAUCCGGCUGCACCCCCGGCUGGACGGGCAGGAGCACGUGGUGGAGUUGGACUUCCUUGGGAAGGAUUCCAUCCGCUACUACAACAAGGUGGCCGUGGAGAAGCAGGUCUUCAAGAACCUGCAGCUGUUUAUGAAGAACAAGGACCCCUCCGAUGACCUCUUUGACAGGCUCACUACGACCUUCCUGAACAAACAUCUCCAGCACCUGAUGGACGGUUUGACGGCCAAGGUGUUCAGGACCUACAACGCCUCCAUCACCCUGCAGGAGCAGCUCAAGGCCCUCACCAACCCUGAGGACAACGUUGCUGGGAAGCUCCUCUCCUACAACCGAGCCAACCGUGCUGUGGCUGUGCUGUGCAACCAUCAGAGGUCUGUGCCCAAAACCUUCGCCAAAUCCAUGGAAAUCCUGCAGACCAAGAUCGAUGCCAAGAAGAAACAGGUGGAGGAAGCCCAGCAAGAGCUGAAAAAAGCUGAAGAUGAGUUGGAAGGCCCAAAAGAUGCCAAAGCAGAAGCGAAUGUGGAGAAGAAGAAGAAGCUGCUGAAGAGGCUGGAGGAGCAGCUGGCCAGGCUGAAUGUCCAGGCCACAGAUAAGGAGGAGAACAAGCAGAUAGCUCUGGGCACUUCCAAGCUCAAUUACCUGGAUCCCAGGAUUAGCAUUGCUUGGUGCAAGAAGUUUGGGGUGCCCAUCGAGAAGAUCUACAACAAGACCCAGAGGGAGAAGUUCGCCUGGGCCAUCGCCAUGGCCAACGAGGACUUUGAGUUCUGAGCCCGCUUCCACCUUCAGUCCUUCAUCUGGUGCUGCUGGAAAGCUUCUUUUAUUUUUCCCUGCUGCUGCAGGAGGCUGAGGGGUUGUCUAGGAGAAGAAUUUGAUGCCUUUUUUGUAGACAGAAGAAAACCUCUGGUUUCUUUUCGAGCGGGUUUUGCUGAUUGUGACCCUCGCCCUGAGUGACUUUGGGGGAGCUCCUGAUUCCUCCUUGGAGCUACCAAGUGCUUGGGAUUUUGUUUUUCUUUUUUUCCUUUGUGAAGAAGAUUAAAUGAGAGCCUUAA